AUGGCUCGAUUCAGCACAAGUAAUAUUCUGGGCGAUCCCUUCGCAUUGGCCACUAUUUCUAUAUCAAUCCUUGCAUGGCUCAUCUCCUUUAUUGGUUCAAUCAUUGCCAAUGUUCAGACGGAUUUCCCCAACUAUGUUUGGUGGGCGGUCGCCUACAUGAUUUGUGUCAUCACUGGAAUCAUUAUUGUUACGGGUUCUGACACUAGCCUUACUUAUGGCAAUGCGAUUACUGGAUAUCUUUCUGCUGGUCUUGUAUUCACCACAUUGGCUGUGAACUCCUUGGUUUACCAACCCCAAUCAUCGAAGCAGGCCGCUGCCGCUGGUUUCAUCUUAUUGUCUAUGGUCAUUAUCAUUUGGAUAUUCUACUUUGGUUCCACGCCCCAGGCAAGCCACCGCCGGACAAUCGACUCUUUCGCACUGAACAAAGAAGGCAAGUCGUAUCAGAACAGCCGCCCGCAAUCCAACGGAUUCGGUACUCGUCCUGGUACCACUGUCAGCCAGCCUCCUCAGAUGUACACUUCUGCUCAGCUCAACGGCUUUGAGACAUCGUCCCCCAUGUCCGGCUACCCAGGCGGCCCGCCAGGCUCUGACAAGCGCAACACAACUGCCACAAACUUCCCCACUGGCGGUAACGUGGACUCUUCUAAUGAAGUCAGCCAACCAACGGAAUAUCCCUACAAGGCCAAGGCCAUCUACUCAUACGACGCGAACCCCGAUGAUGCCAAUGAAAUCAGUUUCGCCAAGGGCGAGGAACUCGAAGUAUCCGAUGUCAGUGGCCGAUGGUGGCAAGCAAGACGAGCAAACGGAGAGACAGGUAUCGCACCGUCAAAUUAUCUCAUCUUGCUUUAG